AUGCAGGAGCUCAACCAGUCCGCUGUGACAGAAUUCAUCCUGUUGGGCUUUGCCUCGAACCCCAGGACCAAUCCUCUGCUCUUCACCUUCUUUCUGGUCUUUUACCUGCUCAUCCUUGUGAGCAACAGCCUCCUCAUCACCCUCAUCCACCAGGACACACGCCUCCACACGCCCAUGUACUUCUUCAUCAGUGUCCUCUCCCUGUUGGACAUGUGCUACACCACCACGAUGGUGCCCCAGAUGCUCGUGCACAUUCUCAGCAAGAAGAGAGCCAUCUCUUUUGCUAGAUGUGUGGCCCAGAUGUACAUCUUCCUCCUCUUUGGGAUCACUGAGUCCUGGCUUUUCUCCAUCAUGUCUGUGGACAGGUACGUGGCCAUCUGCCACCCUCUCCAGUAUAAGGUCAUCAUGAGCCGCUGGGUGUGCCUUCUCAUGGUGGGCAUCUGUGCAGCCUAUGGUGUGGUGGGUGGCCUGACUGAUACCUUCUUUGCUAUGCACCUUCCCUACUGUGGCCCUAAUGAAGUUGACCACUACUUCUGUGAGAUCCCUGCAGUCCUGAAGCUGGCCUGUGCAGACACAUCCCUCAAUGACUUGGUGGACUUCAUCACAGGCUUCAAUGUCAUUGUGGUCCCACUCUCCCUGAUUGUCCUUGUCUAUGUCAACAUCUUUUUCACCAUCACGAAGAUCCGCUCAGCCCAGGGGCGGAUAAAGGCUUUCUCUACCUGUGCCUCCCACAUCACCGUGGUUACCAUGUUUGCUAUUCCAUGCAUCAUCACGUACAUGAGCCCUGGCUCUGAUUCUUUGUCAAAUAGUAGCAAGAAAAUGGCCCUUUUCUAUAACAUUGCCACAGCCUUCCUCAACCCUGUCAUCUACAGCCUGAGGAACAAGGAUGUGAAAAAUGCUUUCCUCAAACUGAUGGGAAGGGGCAGCACCCCAGGGUGA